CUCCCCUGCUCUCCCGAGUCCCGAGUCCCGACUCGACUCAUCCGAUCCUACGAAACCACUCUCAUAAGUUACAAACUAUCUCUGUAUAAAUUUUGAUUUCUAGGACACUUCCAUUUUCAGUAAUUCUCAUAAGAGGGAAGGGGAGAGUCCAUGGCCGAUACUCAGAAAGCAGAGCUGUUCGAACUCGACAAUGGAACCGUGCGAGUGAAGAUCAGUAACUAUGGUGCCACGAUCACUUCUCUGCUCGUCCCUGACAAACAAGGAAACCUCACCGAUGUCGUUCUGGGAUUCGACUCCCUCGAGCCAUAUCUUAAAGGUGCUGCGCCGUAUUUUGGCUGCAUUGUCGGUCGGGUUGCAAACAGAAUCAAAGAUGGGAAGUUUAUGCUCAAUGGAGUGGAGUACUCUUUGCCGAUCAACAAUCCACCCAACAGUCUCCACGGUGGUAACAAGGGUUUUGAUAAAGUGGUAUGGGAAGUUAUUGAACGUAAAGAUGGAGAAAACCCAUCAAUUACUUUCAGAUAUCACAGUCAUGAUGGUGAAGAAGGAUACCCAGGAAAUGUUAUUAUAACUGCGACUUAUACGCUUACUUCAAGUGCAACAAUGAAGCUUGACAUGGAAGCUGUGCCUGAAAAUAAGCCUACUCCAAUUAAUUUAGCUCAACACACCUACUGGAAUUUAGCAGGCCACAGUUCUGGGGAUGUACUUGAGCAUUUGAUUCAGAUAUGGGGAUCUCACAUCACUCCGGUGGAUCAGAAUAGCAUUCCAACUGGUGAAAUUAUGCCGGUUAAAGGAACCCCCUUUGAUUUCACAGCAGAGAAGAAGAUUGGUGCCUCAAUCAAUGAAGUUUCCGGCCUAGGAUAUGACCACAACUAUGUGCUUGACUUUGGAGAAGAGAAAUCAGGCUUGAAACAUGCUGCUAAAGUCAAAGAUCCCUCGAGCUCAAGAGUCUUGAACCUAUGGACCAAUGCCCCUGGCAUGCAGUUUUACACUGCAAACUAUGUGAAUGGUGUUGUUGGUAAAGGCGGGGCUGUUUAUGGAAAGCAUUCAGCGCUUUGUUUGGAGACACAAGGAUUCCCAAAUGCUAUUAACCAGCCAAGCUUCCCUUCUGUUGUUGUUCAACCAGGUGAGAAGUAUAAACACACUAUGUUGUUUGAAUUCUCAGUGGAGUAAAAUAGAGGUCUUGGAAAGAGCAAUCAGGUGAGAGGCUGGUGUUUUCCUUUUGGAGUCUAUGGUUACAUCUGAACUGAAUGAUGGGAUAAAAAUUCAAGUAAUUAUAUAUAUGAGUGAAGUAAAUUAAUGCUGCACUUCUAUCAAUUUUGCUUCCUGGAAACAUGUAAGAGUCCUUCCUUGCAAUCAAUACUCUUAUGUACUUUUUUCUUUGGUAGAACAUAUCGUUCUUUUCCUGCAAGUAGUGACUUUGGAAUGACACUUGAUACACAUUCUUCA